AUGCCCCUCAGCGCCUUUGCUGACCAGUACUGGAAAGUUGGAACCACCAGCUUGAAUCGCGAUACAUUAUCGACUUUGUUUGCGCCAGAGUCUGAUGGCGUCCCCGAUGCUUGGACUCGCUUAUUGCUGAACGUCAACACCAUUGAUGCUACAGCCGAGGGUAUGGAGUGGGAAGCUCGACAGUACAUGGAUGCGUCCGUCUCUGGGAACGAGGAGAUUUCCCCUGUUCCAUCCCAAAAGACCAAGAGAAAGCGCACCAACUCUCAAGGUCCCGAGGAAUCCCCCACCGCUGCCAAUGCAGGCGUCGUCGUGAAGGAAAAGGCGAGAUCAUUCUCCCUCCCUCCAGAUGACGAGUGGCAGGAGCUAACAACAAACCGUAUCGAUUCACUAUCACGGAAUGUAGAACAACUCACCGCCACUAUGCAAUCGAUCAUGCGGCACCUCAAUAUACCCGAAGCUGGCCAAGCAACGACUCCGUCUACUCCACCAAGUAUCCAACAAAUCCCCUGGCUCACACCCCCUGCAUCGACCUCUGAGGCAUCCAAUUCCGUCAACCCAAGCCAUAAUCUAGAUCAUUCUACCGUCCACGGGGCAGAGGCCCUGCUUGCCCAAACUGAAAUAAGCGAUGACUACUUCUCAACGUCUACAACUGGCGGUCAAACCGCCAACACACCUCCAUCUGCAGGACUCUACAAUCUGCUGGACGAUCUUAUUCAUACCGCGCCUCCAGUACCUUCCCCCCCGUCUAAGCGAACCGAGAUGCUUGGGGAGAGUGAUCCCCGGUCCAAUAUCAUUAAGGCCGGCAUUGUCACAAUGGCAGACGCCAAUAUCCUUGUGGACCACUUUCAUGCACAUUUGGCGCAUCACCUUUUUGGCUUCCCCCUCCAAAUUGGGUCAUGGCCUUAUCUUCUGGAAGGAAAGCCGACAAUUACCCCCCUUAUCCUCGGAGUUGCUUGCCUGAUACCAGCAGAACGUCUUCCUCACUAUCACCGUACCUUCGAGUUCCUUAUGCAAGAACUUAAUGGCCCCAUUUUCAAUGCGACUCCAGGGUACUCGAGACACAAUCGACCACCAACGACAUCCGAUCCCGAUGUUGAGGCCUCGAAUCUUGACCCACCGGACCUUGACUUGGAGCUGGGGAUCGGUCCGGAGGAGAUAACGGCGUUGUGUGCAGCCUCCACGUUCACAUGUUCUGAGAAAUCGGAUGCCAUGGCAAGAACUGUGUUCGAGUGGACUCGCGGGUACCUGAAGACAUUCAAAAACCCCCCACCCCACCCUCUCACAUUGGGGGAAGUUUGUGGUUUGCUCCCUCCUCGUCGCGACCUCACGCUUGAAAAUUGGUUACGCUUAUGGUUAUUUGCAUAUAUUGUUUAUGCGCAACAAGCAUUGCACCGCAAUCGCCGCGCCCCCGUCUUUGAUCCGCGGCCAUUUUGCUCCUUACUUUUUGACAAUCUAGCUUCCUCACCUCAGCCUGGUCAAGCCCGUGAUCUGCAGCUCAUUGGUCAUUCCCGCUUAUGCGUAAUAUUCCAGCGUGUGCAACAUGCUAUGGGUGCGCAAGAAUGGCGGUUUGGGACCCCAGAGAGUGUCAUUAAUGCAUUUGAUGGUUGGAACGCGGAGGUUAGCCAAUGGAAGGCUGAAAUCGACCGCUUUGAACUUCCCGCACACGCGAAAAUGCUGCUGACAAGCUUCGGCCUCUUUGCCCGAGUUUACAUUAAUCAGGGGGGACUGGAGGAUCCAAUUCUGGUUGAUAACCCUCGCCGUUGGGUCUACGGGACUGCAGCAGCUCAAGCGGCGUUCGAGAUGUUGGAUACCGUACAGUUUGAUCCCUUUGUUUCGGGGCUACCUUUAUUCCCGCCCAUUUACAUACAAAUGGUUACAUUGUCGGCAGCAGUCUUGCUGAAGUCGUUGAGACACUCCAUGCACAUUGUUAUGCCCACCUUCCACAAGCGAAUCUGUGAAAUGGUGGAGCGGACGGCGGAUAUACUUCAAUCCGAUGCCGUACCCCCAAAUCAUGUAUCCCGAUCCGCCAGUAUCGCUCUCAGACAAGCUGUCGCUCGCGUGCAAAGUACACAUUCCACUCCAAACCUUCUCACGUCGACAUGAGUCCAAUGCCCGAUUCUUGUUCGCUGCCUUUCACCCGACGCCGCAUACCAUAUUUGACCCAUGAACGUUGGCUUGCUUUAUUAUUUGUUUUGUAUUGACCAGUUGGUAGGAUCCCCAGCUUACGCAUCCUGUUUCGAACCUGUAUUGGUUCAAGGUCAGUUUGCUCACAAUACACGAAAGUGUCUGCACGCGCACACUUGCGUGUACGGAGUGUAUGUAGACCGUGCUCUGAUCGACAGGGAUUGCACCCCUUGCUUGCAUAUGUACUCACCAGUGUGAUCAAUAUUAUGCGCAUAUCUACAUUAACCC